CGGGCUGGAAGCAGAUUGGCUGUGUGGGCCACAGGCGUCACCGGGAGCCGCUGAACCCUUCGCUCUCGCCCAGUGCUGCUCAGGAGGGAAGACUGGAGAGCCUUUGCUCCAAAGGAUAUUUACUGGAUGUCACUGGUCUGAAGGAAGAGAGAGAAAAAAACCCACAAGAGAUUAAAAAAACAACCCCAGAGCAUCUCUGUAGGCUGAUGCUGGGAAGACAGAAAUUGCCUCAUUAACCUAAGAGUUGAGGAAAGACAGAAGCAAACCCUCAGAAUGGAGGAAGAAGAAUAUGAGGAAGUUGUGGAGUACUACAUUGAGGAGACAGUUAUUGAGGAGGGUGAGCCACACGAGGUGGUCACUGAGAUCACUGAGACCAUCAGCACAGAAUACUCAGAGCCUGAGACCACCACAACCACCUACACAGCUGAGCACACCCAGCCCUCCAGGGAGGAUGCAGCCCCUCCCAUCAGGAAGAAAACAAUCCGGACAAAAGUGGACCCAUCCAAGUUUUUGACACCUUACUUGGAACACAGCAAUAAAAUGAAGGACCUAUUCAGUGAGAAUAAGUACAAAGAAAAAUUUAGAAAAGAAAAAGGAAAGCCAUAUGCUUCCACAAUUGAUACCCCAGAAAUCCGGAGGAUCAAGAAAGUGCAGGACCAGCUGAGUGAGGUUAAAUACCGCAUGGCUGGGGAAAUUGCCAGAACCAUUUGCCACGUGGAUGAAAAGGCCAAGGAUAUAGAACAUGCAAAGAAAGUGUCACAGCAAGUGAGCAAGGUAUUAUAUAAACAGAACUGGGAGGAGAAUAAGGACAAGUACCUGCUUCCCCCUGAUGCUCCCGAGCUUGUGAAUGCAAUAAAGAACACAGCAAUGUUCAGCAAGAAACUCUAUACUGAAGACUGGGAUGCAGACAAAACAUUGUUUUAUCCCUACAAUGACAGCCCAGAGCUCAGAAGAGUGGCACAGGCUCAGAAGACUCUGAGUGACAUUGUCUACAAAAAGGGACACGAUGAAAGGAAAGCAAAAUUCACCUCUCUGCCAGACCCCCCUGAGGUGGAACAAGCCAAGAAGGUGACACGGCAGCUGAGUGAUGUUAUUUACCAUGAGGACUAUAAAAACAAAAUUAAAGGCAAGUGGAGUCAAACUCCAUGCUAUGACGUGGCAAUUGCAAAAAUGAAUGCAGAAAAUCUAAGUAUGAGGAAAUACCAGGAAGACUUUGAAAACAUGAAAGACCAAAUUUACUUCAUGCAGACUGAAACUCCAGAAUAUGAGGCCAACAAACGAGCUUCAGAUAACGUCAGCAAGUUCAAAUACAGAGCAGACUAUGAAAAGAAAAAAGCUGUUGCAGAUUAUAAUGUGCUCCCUGCUACAGAGAACCCAUUGCUGAAGCAAUUAAAAACUGCAGGAAAUAUUCUGAGUGAUAAAUUGUACAAAGAAGCCUAUGAACAAUCCAGAGGAAACAGGAUGAAUUACUGUGAGACACCCAAGUUCCAGACUGAUGCUGCUCUGAAGAACUUUAGUGAUGUAAAAUAUAAAGAUGCAUAUCAGAAGAAUAUUUUGGGGCACUACUUGGGCAGCUUUGAGGAUCCACAUCAAAUCCACUGCAUGAAGGUUGAAGCUAUGAAAAGUGAUAAAAAUUACAAAGCAGAUUAUGAGGAGGAAAAGACAAAGUGUUACUUCCCUCAGACCAUAACUCAAGAGUAUGAAGCAAUCAAGAAGUUGGAGCAAUGUAAAGAUUACACCUACAAAAAGCAUCCUGAUCAAACCAAAUUCACUUCAGUGACUGACUCUCCAGUACAGAAGCAAGCAGAGAUCAACAGCAAACAGCUGAGUGAUAUAUUGUAUAAAUCCAAAGGGGAAGAAAUUAUUCACAAGUAUCACCUCCCUCCUGAUGUGCCCCAGUUCAUCCAGGCUAGAGUUAAUGCCUACAACAUCAGUGAUGCUAACUACAAAGCAGACUGGAAGAAAACCCUUGCCAAAGGCUAUGAUCUGAAACCAGAUGCCAUUCCAAUUAUUGCUGCUAAAGCUUCUCGGAAUAUUGCAAGUGAUUACAAGUACAAGGAAUCCUACGAGAAGGACAAAGGCAAACAGGUCGGGUACCGGAGCCUGCAGGAUGAUCCCAAACUUGUUCACUACAUGAACGUGGCCAAAAUCCAAUCGGAUCGGGAAUACAAGAAAGAUUAUGAAGUCACCAAGACCAAAUACCACACUCCUCUGGAUAUGUUCAGUGUGACAGCUGCCAAGAAAGCCCAGGAAGUGGUGACAAACACUGGCUAUAAGCAGCCAAUUCACAAUUACACCCUCCUGCCUGAUUCUGUGAACCUGGAGCUGUCCAGAAACGUGAUGCAGCUUCAGAGUGAUAACCUGUACAAAUCUGACUUCAACAACUGGCUGAGAGGAGUUGGCUGGGUCCCAAUUCAGUCACUGGAUGUAGAAAAGGCCAAGAAAGCCACGGAGAUUCUCAGUGAGAAGAAAUACCGCCAGCAUCCCGACCAGCUCAAGUUCUCCAUCCCCAUGGAUGCCAUGGAACAAGUGCUGGCAAAGCAAAAUGCCAAGACCAUGAACAAGAGGCUGUACACAGAUAAAUGGAACAAAGAGAAGACCAGCAUUCAUGUGAUGCCAGACACCCCAGAAAUUCUGCAGUGCAAAGUGAACCAGAUGACAAUGAGUGAUAAACUUUACAAAUCUGGAUGGGAGGAGGACAAGAAGAAGGGUUAUGACUUGCAGCCAGAUGCAAUUCCAAUAAAAGCAGCCAAAAGCUCCAGGGACAUCGCGAGCGACUAUAAAUACAAACUGGCCUACGAGAAGGCCAAAGGGAAGCACAUCGGAUUCCGCAGCCUGGAGGACGACCCCAAGCUGGUGCACUUCAUGCAGGUGGCCAAGAUGCAAUCUGACAGGGAGUACAAAAAGGGUUAUGAGAAGGCCAAGACUCAUUUCCACACUCCAGUUGACAUGGUCAGUGUGGUGGCAGCCAAGAAAGCUCAGGAAGUGGCUACAAAUGCAAACUACAAGAACUUAAUCCACACCUACAACGUCCUGCCCGAUGCCAUGAGCAUUGAAUUGGCCAAAAACAUGAUGCAGUUACAAAGUGAUAAUCAAUACAAAGCAGAGUAUGAUGAAACUAUGAAGGGUGUUGGGUGGAUCCCACUGGGCUCCCUGGAAGCUGAGAAGAACAAAAAAGCCAUGGAAAUUGUGAGUGAGAAGAAAUAUCGCCAGCAUCCAGACAAGUUGAAGUACUCUGUUCCUAUGGAUUCCAUGAACAUGGUCUUGGCUUUAAAUAAUGCCAAAAUCAUGGAUGAGCACAAGUACAAACAAGCCUGGGAAGAAGACAAAAAGAAAAUUCACAUCACCCCCGAUAUUCCACAGAUUGCUUUAGCAAAAGCAAAUGCAUUCAAUAUAAGUGAAAAAAUGUACAGGUCUUCAUUUGAAGAAACCAGGAAGAAAGGAUAUGAUCUGAGGGCUGAUGCUAUUCCUGUCAAAGCUGCCAAAGCUUCCAGGGAUAUUGCCAGUGAUUAUAAAUACAAACUGGGGUAUGAGCAAGACAAGGGGAAACUCGUUGGCUUCCGCAGCCUCCAGGAUGAUCCCAAACUUGUCCAUUGCAUGCAAGUGGCCAAGAUGCAGUCGGACAGGGAGUACAAGAAGGCCUAUGAGAUGAGCAAGACUCAUUACCAGACACCUUCCGAUGCUCUCAGCGUGGUGGCAGCCAAGGAGGCCCAGGACCGUGUCACCAACGCCAACUACAAACGCCUGAUCCACCAGUACAUGCUCCUGCCAGAUGCAAUGAGUUUGGAGCUGUACAGAAACAUGAAUCAGAUACAAAGUGAUAAUGAGUACAAGCAGGAUUACAAGGAGUGGUUCAGGGGGAUUGGUUGGAGUCCCAUUGGUUCUCUGGAUGUGGAGAAGUCAAAGAAAGCCACGGAGAUUGCGAGCGAUCGGAAGUACCGCCAGCACCCCAGCAUGUUCCCCUUCACCAAACAGAACGAUGCCAUGGACCUGGUCCUUGCAAAGCAGAAUGCAAACAUCAUGAACAAACAUGCUUAUACCCAAGCCUGGGAGAAGGACAAGACUCAGGUCCAUGUGAUGCCAGACACACCAGAUAUUCUACAGGCCAAACAGAACAAGACAAACUACAGUCAGAAACUCUACAAGCUUGGCUGGGAGGAAAUGAUAAAGAAAGGCUAUGACCUCACACCUGAAGCCAUGUCAGUGAAAGCUGCCAAAGCUUCAAGGGACAUUGCAAGUGAUUUCAAGUACAAAGAAGGAUACCGCAAGCAGCAGGGACAUCACAUCGGAUUCCGCAGCUUGCAGGAUGACCCCAAGAUGCUGUGGUCCAUGCAAGUAGCUAAAAUGCAGAGUGAGAGGGAGUACAAGAAAGACUUUGAGAAGUGGAAGACCAAGUUCAAUAUGCCCGUGGAUAUGCUGGGCUUCCUUCUAGCUAAGAAGUGUCAGGAGCUGGUCAGUGAUGUGGACUACAAACAUAUACUGCACCGCUGGACUUGUCUGCCAGACCAGGUCGAUGUCACGGAGGCAAAGAGGGUCAACGAGCUGCAGAGUGAUAACGUGUAUAAGUCAGAUCUACAGUGGCUCAGAGGCAUUGGAUGGAGUCCUUUGGGAUCUCUGGAAGCUGAAAAGAACAAGAAAGCUUCUGAAAUACUGAGUGAGAAGAAGUACAGGCAGCACCCAGACACUAUUAAGUUCACAAGCAUCCCAGAUGCCAUGGAUGUCGUUUUGGCAAAAUCUAAUGCCAAAAACAGGAGUGAUAUACUCUACAGGGAAGCUUGGAACAAGGACAAGACUAAGAUUCACAUCAUGCCUGAUACACCUGAAAUUUUGCUGGCUAAAUCAAACUUGAUUAACACAAGUGAUAAACGUUACAAGGUGGGAUAUGAAGAACUGAGGAAGAAAGGCUACGACCUCCCUGCUGAUGCCAUCCCCCUGCAGGCAGCCAAGGCAUCCCGAGACAUAGCCAGUGAGUACAAAUACAAAACUGCAUACAGAAAACAGCUGGGCCACCACAUUGGGGCCAGGAACAUCGAGGAUGACCCCAAGAUGAUGUGGUCAAUGCACGUGGCCAAGAUCCAGAGUGACAGGGAGUACAAGAAGGACUUUGAGAAGUCCAAGACGAGGUUCAGCAGCCCUGUGGACAUGCUGGGAGUGGUGUUGGCCAAGAAAUGCCAGGAGCUGGUCAGUGAUGCCGAUUACCGGCACCCUCUGCACCGCUGGACCUGCCUGCCGGACCAGAACGACGUUGUCCAUGCCAAGACAGUGUAUGACCUGCAGAGUGAUAACGUGUACAAGUCUGACCUGCAGUGGCUGAGGGGCAUUGGCUGGUCCCCAAUUGGAUCAUUGGAAGCUGAAAAGAACAAGAGGGCGAGCGAGAUCCUGAGUGACAAGAAGUAUCGUCAGCACCCAGACACCAUCAAAUUCACGAGCCUUCCUGACUCGAUGCCCAUGGUGCUGGCAAAGCACAACUCCAAAAUCAUGGACCAACGCUCGUACAUCUCAGCGUGGGAGAAGGACAAAACCAGCAUUCACAUCAUGCCGGACACCCCUGGGAUCCUGCUGGCCCAGCAGAACAAAGUGAACUUCAGUGAGAAACUGUACAAGCAGGCGAUGGAGGAGGAGAAGAAGAAGGGCUACGACAUGCGGGCAGAUGCCAUUCCCAUCAAGUCUGCCAAAGCUUCCCGGGACAUCGCCAGUGAUAACUGCUACAAGUCUGACCUGGAGUGGCUGCGGGGCAUUGGCUGGGUCCCAAUUGGUUCCUUGGAAGUUGAGAAGGCCAAGAGAGCAGGGGAGAUCCUGAGUGACAAAAUUUACCGCCAGCGUCCUGACACCAUCAAGUUCACCAGCGUCCCAGAUUCUCUCCCCAUGGUGUUGGCCAAGCAGAACGCAGACACCAUGAACAAGCGUUUGUAUACAGAGGCCUGGGAUAAAGACAAGACACAAAUCCACAUCAUGCCUGACACGCCUGAAAUCACACUGGCAAGAGAGAACAAGAAAAACUACAGUCUGAAACAAUACAGACAGGCCAUGGAAGAUGCAAAGAAGAAAGGCUACGAUUUGAGAGCUGAUGCCAUCCCCAUCCAAGCAGCCAAAGCAUCCAGGCAAAUUGCCAGUGAUUACAAGUACAAGGAGGGGUAUCGGCAGCAGCUGGGCCACCACAAGGGCCAUGAUUUGCGUUUUGAUGCCAUUCCCAUUCAGUCUGCCAAAGCCUCCAGGGAGAUUGCCAGUGAGUACAAGUACAAGGAAGGGUAUCGCAAACAGCUGGGCCACCACAUCGGGGCCAGGAACAUCGAGGACGACCCCAAGAUGAUGUGGUCGAUGCGUUUGUACACUGAAGCGUGGAACAAAGACAAGACCACGAUUCACGUCAUGCCUGACACCCCAGAAAUCCUGCUGGCCAAACAAAACCGAGUGAACUACAGUGAGAAAAUGUACAAACUGGCCUUGGAGGAGUCGAAGAAGAAGGGCCAUGAUUUGCGUUUUGAUGCCAUUCCCAUUCAGUCUGCCAAAGCCUCCAGGGAGAUUGCCAGUGAGGACUACCGGCACUACCUGCACCAGUGGAUCUGUCUGCCCGACCAGAACGACGUGAUCCACGCCAAGCAAGCCUACGACCUCCAGAGUGAUGCUGUUUACAAAUCAGACCUGGAAUGGCUGAGAGGCAUUGGAUGGGUUCCUAUUGGUUCUGUGGAAGUUGAGAAAGCCAAGAGAGCUGGAGAAAUCCUCAGUGACAGGAAGUAUCGGCAACCUGCAGACAAAAUCAAAUUUACCAGCGUGACUGAUUCCUUGGCCAUGGUCUUAGCCAAGCAGAAUGCUGAGAUCAUGAACAAGCGCUUGUACACAGAAGCCUGGGAUGCAGACAAGAAGUCCAUCCAUGUCAUGCCUGACACACCAGACAUUCUGUUAGCAAAGGCCAACGCAGCCAAUGUUAGCAAGAAACUUUAUGUAAAAGCCUGGGAAGAGGCCAAAAAGAAGGGUUAUGACAUGAGAGCUGAUGCGAUUCCAAUCAAAACCGCAAAGGCAUCAAGAGAUAUUGCGAGUGACUACAAGUACAAAGAAACCCACGAGAAACAGAAAGGCCACUACAUCGGGUGCCCCAGCGCCAAGGAGGACCCCAAGCUGGCGUGGGCCGCGCGCGCCAUGGCCCUGCAGAACGACCGCCUCUACAAGAAGGCCUACAAUGAUUCCAAGACCCAGAUCCACAUCCCUGUGGAUGCCCUGUCGGUGCAGGCAGCCAAGGAGUGCCAGAACUUGGUCAGUGACGUUGACUACAGGCAGUACCUGCACCAGUGGACCUGCCUUCCUGACCAGAACGACGUGAUCCACGCGCGGCAGGCCUACGACCUCCAGAGCGACAACGUGUACAAGUCCGACCUGGAGUGGCUGCGAGGCAUUGGCUGGCUGACAGAAGGUUCUGUGGAUGUGGUCAAAGCCAAGAAAGCUCAGGAGCUCCUCAAUGACCGCUUGUACCGCACGCGGCCGGAGCAGCUGAAGUUCACCAGCAUCACCGACUCCCCAGAUGUUGUCCUGGCCAAGACCAACGCCAUGCAGCUCAGUGAUCGUCUGUAUCGUGAGGCCUGGGAUAAAGACAAGACCCAGAUCUCCCUCCCUUCGGACACUCCUGUCAUGCUGCAGUCCAAAGUCAACGCUAUCAACAUCAGCAAUAAACAUUAUCAGAAGGCCUGGGAUGAAGCCAAAGCAAAAAGCUAUGACCUGAGAGCUGAUGCCAUUCCCAUCAAACAAGCCAAGGCCUCCAGAGACAUUGCCAGUGAGUACAAGUACAAAGAAACUGACGUUGACUACAGGCAGUACCUGCACCAGUGGACCUGCCUUCCUGACCAGAACGACGUGAUCCACGCGCGGCAGGCCUACGACCUCCAGAGCGACGCUGUGUACAAGUCAGACCUAGAGUGGCUCCGUGGAAUUGGCUGGUUGCCCAACGACUCUCCAGAAAUUAAGAGGGUGAAGAAUGCCCAGGAUCUCCUGAGUGACAACGUGUAUCGGACCCCCAUUGACAGUGUGAAAUACACCAGUGUUGUGGAUUCCCCAGAUGUUGUUCUGGCCAAAACCAACGCUGAACAGAUCAGCAUUCCAAAAUAUAAAGAAGCCUGGGAAAAGGACAAGACUAUGAUCCACAUCAUGCCAGACACACCUGAAAUCAACCUAGCCAAGGCUAAUGCUGUUAAUUACAGCCAGAAACAAUAUAAAGGAGCUUGGGAUGAGCUGAAGAUGAGCUAUGACUUGAGAGCAGAUGCCAUUCCAAUCAAGACAGCCAAGGCUUCUAGAGAGAUUGCCAGUGAUUACAAAUACAAGCUGGAGCACGAGAAGCAGAAGGGACACUACGUGGGAGUGCCGGACGCAAAGGGAGAUUCCAAAAUCCAGUUUGCCCUGGACGUAGCCAAAGUUCAGAGCGAACGAGAGUACAAGAAGCACUUUGCCAAGCAGAGGACCCAGUGCCACCUGCCAGUGGACAUGAUGUCCAUUGUGGCAGCCAAGCACGGGCAGACCCUGGUGAGCGACGCCGAUUACCGGCACUACCUGCACCAGUGGAUCUGCCUCCCCGACCAGAACGAUGUCAUUCAUGCCAGGCAAGCCUACGACCUCCAGAGCGAUGCUGUUUAUAAAGCUGAUUUGGAAUGGCUGCGGGGAAUUGGAUGGUUGCCAAAUGAUUCCCUUGGAGUCAAGCAUGUCAAAUAUGCUGGAGAUCUCCUGAGUGAGAGAAAGUACCGCACCAAAGCUGAAACUCUCCCGUUCACUGCCGUGGCCGACAGAGUUGAUUAUGUCACAGCAAAGAACAGCACUGAAAUCCGCAGUGAUAUUAAAUACCACAAAGAAUGGAAUGAGACCAAGGCAAAUUAUACACUCACAGAUACACCACAGCUGGAUAUGGCCCGAGAGGCAGCCAGAAUUCUAAAUCAGAAUUUAUACAAGGAAAGCUGGGAGAAAGAAAAAGCCACUGGUUACCUCCUGCCUCCUGACACGAUGCAGAUCUCUCAUGCCAAGCACUCAAGUGAUGUCCAAAGUGAGCUGAAGUACAAAGCUGAGUAUGUCAAGCAGAGAGGUCACUACGUGGGAGUUGCCAAGAUGAGAGAUGACCCCAAGCUGGUGUGGUACGAGCACGCGGGCGAGAUCCAGAACGACAGGCUGUACAAAUCAGACUACAACAAAACCAAGUCCAAAAUCCACAUGCCUUCGGAUGCCAUGGCAGUUGUGGCAGCCAAGGAGUGCCAGAACUUGGUCAGUGACGUUGACUACAGGCAAUACCUGCACCAGUGGACCUGCCUUCCUGACCAGAACGACGUGAUCCACGCGCGGCAGGCCUACGACCUGCAGAGUGAUAACAUCUAUAAGGCUGAUUUGGAGUGGCUUCGUGGCUGUGGUUGGGUCCCUCUCGAUUCAGUGGAGCAUAAGAAAGUUAAGAAUGCACAGGAACUGAUAAACAAGAGAGCAUACACUAAAGAAGCCCUGGAGAACUUUUCCAAAUACACAAGCGUGGUUGACACUCCUGAGAUCGUUUUGGCAAAGAUGAACUCUGUCAAUCAGAGUGAUCUAAAAUACAAAGAAACUUUUAACCAGGAGAAAGGCCAGUACAUUGGAUCUGAUGAUACUCCUGCUCUGCACCAUGCCAAAGACAUGGCCUUGCUCCAAAGUGAGAAACAUUACAAGAAGGCCUGGGAGCUGAGCAAGCCCAUUGGAUACACCCUGGAUGAGAAAUACGUUCCACUCGUGGGAGCCAAACAUGCAAACCACAUCAACAGUGAGCUUAAAUAUAAGGAAAUAUAUGAGAAGCUGAAAGGCCAUUACCUGGCUGGGAAGGAUAUUAGUGAUUUCCCCAGUGUCAUUCAUUCCCGGGAAUUCCAGAAAAUGAGGAGCGCGCUGGCCUACAGGAAGAAUUAUGAAGACACCAAGAAAAAUGUCCAUAUUCCAACAGACAUGAUGAACCAUGUCCUGGCCAAGAAGUGCCAGUACAUCCUCAGUGAUCUGGAAUACCGCACGUACUUCCACCAGUGGAGCUGUUCACCUGAAGAAAACGAUGUUAUUCACGCCAGGAAAGCCCAGGAGAUUCUGAGUGAUUCUGUGUAUAAAGAUGACUUAAACUGGCUGAAGGGACUUGGAUGUUAUGUCUGGGAUACUCCACAGAUCCUACAGGCUAAGAAAUCCUAUGACCUGCAGAGCCAGAUAAAAUACACCUCUGCAGGGAAGGAGAACUUCCAGAACUUCAGUGUGGUUACAGACACUCCUGUCUAUGUGACUGCUCUGCAAAGUGCUGCCAACGCCAGUGAGGUGAAAUACAAGGAGGAAUUCCAAAAAACUAAGGACAAGUACACAACUGUGGCUGACACAGUUGAUUCAGAAAGAGUUCAGAGUUUGAAACAUCUCUAUAGUGAUAAUCUCUACAAGAAGGCCUGGGAUAAAGUGAAGGCCACCAGCUAUGCGCUGCCCCCAGAUGCUGUAGCCUUGGCACGUGCCAAAGAACUGAAGCACAAUGCAAGCAUUGUCAAAUACCGUGAGGAAUAUGACAAGUUCAAAGCCCUGUACACCCUCCCCAGAGGUGUUGAGGAUGAUCCCAAUACAGAGAGGUGCCUCAGGGUUGGGAAGCUCAACAUCGAUCGUCUGUACAAAGAGACCUAUGAGAAGACCAAAGCCAAGGUGCACAUUGUCCCAGACAUGGUGGACAUCAUCUCAGCCAAGGAUGCCCAGAAGAAGAUCAGCGAGGUCGAUUAUCGCACGCGGCUCCACGAGUGGAUCUGCCUGCCCGACCUGCAGGUCAACACCCACGUGAGAAGAGUCACCGACCAAGUCAGUGAUGUGAUCUACAAGGAUGAUCUGAACUGGCUGAAGGGCAUUGGCUGCUUUGUCUGGGACACUCCCGAAAUCCUCCAUGCCAAGCAAGCCUAUGACCUCCGCAGUGAUAUUAAGUACAAAUCUAAGGCAGAAAAAAUGAAGAAGGACUUCACUGUGGUCACAGACACUCCUGUCUAUGUCCAGAAUGUGCUCAGUGCCUUGAAUUUAAGUGAAGCUGUCUAUCGUGGUGAUUACAGGAGGAAUGUCCAAGGCAAGAUGAUCCCUACUGAUAAAACAGUGGAUUUGGAGCGGGCAUAUAAUGCCAACAAAAUACAGAGUGAGAAUUUGUAUCGCUGGGCUGGUGUGAAUGCUCUGCCCACCGGGUACAGCCUUCCCACGGACACUCCGCACUUCCAGCACGCCAAACACGUCCAGCACAUCGGCAGUGAUCUGAAAUAUAAAGAAGCUUAUGAACACAUGAAAGCCAAGGGCUACACUCUGGGACCUAAAGAUGUUGGCUUUGAAAAUGUGAGGAAAGUCAAUCAAGUCAUUAAUGAGAGGCUGUACAGGGCAACGUACCACAAGAACAAGGACAAGAUUCACACCACCCCUGACACCCCUGAAAUCCGCCAAGUCAGAGCCACCCAGGAGGCUGUCAGCGAUCUGAUCUACAAGUCAGAUUUCUUCAAGAUGCAGGGCCACCUGAUCUCCCUGCCCUACACCCCUCACGUGCUGCACUGUCGCUACGUUGGGGACAUCACCAGUGACAAUAAAUACAAAGAGGACCUGAGGUGGUUGAAGGGCCUGGGUUGUUUCCUGUAUGACACUCCUGACAUGGUCCGUGCCCGCGAGCUCCGCAAGCUCUGGUCUAAUUACAUCUACACAAGUACUGCCAAGAAAAUGUGGCCUAAAGUCCAGGUGGUGUUGGAUACUCCUGGAUACAGAGCAGUGCAGGAACUGAAAACCCAUCUGAGUGAGCUGGUUUACAGAGCUGCAGGCAAUGAGCUGAAGACAAAAUACACUUCUGUCCUCGAUACACCUGACUUCAUAAGAGCCAAGACAGGACAAAAAAUACAGAGCCAGUACUUGUAUGUGGAACUUGCCACAAAGGAGAGACCCCACCAUCAUGCUGAUGGUCAGACUCAAGCCUUUACACACGCCAGGAAUGUCAAGGACAUGAUCAGUGAGAAAAAGUACAAAACCCAGUAUGAGAAGAUGAAGGACAAAUACACCCCUGUCCCUGACACCCCAGUGCUGAUCAGAGCCAAGAGAGCCUACCUGAAUGCCAGUGAUCUGCGCUACAAAGAAACCUUUGAGAACACCAAGGGCAAAUACCACACGGUGAAGGAUGCUCUGGACAUUGUGUACCACAGGAAGGUCACUGAUGACAUCAGCAGUGUCAAAUAUAAGGAAAAUUACAUGAGCCAGUUGGGAAUCUGGAGAUCCAUCCCAGACCGCCCUGAGCACUUCCACCACCGCCUGGUGACGGAUGCCAUCAGCGAUGUUAAAUACAAGGAAGACCUGGAAUGGCUCAAAGGCACUGGCUGCUAUGUGUGGGAUACUCCAAGUUUUGUCCUGGCAGAGAAGAACAAAGUGCUCUACAGUGGGUGUAAAUACAAGGAGGAUUUUGAGAAGACCAAGUCCAAGUUCAAGUACGUGGCUGACUCUCCAAUCAAUGAGCAUUUUAAAUAUGCCACUCAGCUGAUGGAUGGGAAAUUAUAUAAAGCAGCCUAUGAGAAGCUCAAAGAUAGGUACAGCGUUAUUGUGGAUGAUCCCAGGAAUCUGCUGGCCAAGUGGGGCAGCACUCUGAGCAGUCAGAAAAGCUAUAAAUCCUUUGCCAAGAUGCUCCUGCAGCACGGAUGCAAUGAAAUUCUGAGGCCAGAUAUGCUGACAGCACUCUACAACACAUACCUGUGGAGCCAGAUUCAGUACAAGAAGGACUAUGAGAAGAAGAAAGGCAAAUACACCACAGUUCUGGAUACUCCGGAAUAUUUACGGACCACAAAGGUCAACAAACAGAUCAGCGACAUUAUUUACAAGCUGGAAUACAACAAAGCCAAGCCCAAGGGCUACACCACCAUCCAGGACACGCCGAUGCUGCUGCACGUGCGCAAGGUCAAGGACAGGAUCAGUGACCUGAAAUACAAAGAAAUGUAUGAGAGGAGCAAAUCUCGCUGCAACGUCGUGGCAGAUUCAGUUCACAUCAAAACUCCCAGACACGCCUACAAACUCAACAGCAACCUGGAUUAUAAGAAGAAAUACGAAGCAGCCAAAGCCCACUGGCACCUGAUCGCUGACAGGCCUGACUUUGUGCAAGCAGCCAAGUCCUCUCUGCAGCAGAGCGAUUACGAAUACAAACUGGACCGGGAAUUCCUCAAGGGGUGCAAGCUCUCUGUCACAGAUGAUAAAAACACAGUGUUGGCCCUAAAUAAUGCCAUCCUGGCCAGUGAUAUAAAAUACAAAGAGAAGCACAACAAAGCCCGUGGGACUUACCACGUCGUUCCAGACACCCCUCAGAUCCUGCUGGCUAAGAAUGUCAGCUCCCUGGUGUCUGAGAACAAGUACAAAGAGCAGAGCAAGAAGCAGCUGCCCCAUGGCUCCUUCACCACCCUGCCCGAGACCAGGGACACCGUGCACGUCAAGGAGGUGACCAAGAACGUCAGUGAGACAAACUACAAGAAGAAGUUUGUGAAGGAGAAAGGCAAAUCCAAUUAUUCUGUCAUGCUGGAGCCUCCUGAGGUGAAACAUGCCAUGGAAGUUGCUAAAAAACAGAGCACAAUUGAAUACAAGAAAGAUGCCAAAUCCAACCUCCACUACACACCUAUAGCAGAUCGACCAGAUAUUAAGAAAGCAACUCAGGCUGCCAAGUUAAUCAGCAAUAUUGAAUAUAAGAAGCGUGGAGCAGCAGGGGUGGGUGUGACCAUGCUGGGACGUCCAGACAUUGAGCUGGCCAAGGAGGUGUCCAAACUCACCAGCCAGGUGAAAUACAAGGAGAACUUUGCCAAAGAGAUGGGUAAAAAGCCAAAAUACGAUUUGAAGGAGGCCAAAAUCUACAAGACCCUGAAGGACGCCCACAACAUGGCCAGCGAGGUGAAGUACAAGGCAGACCUGAAGAAGCUGCACAAGCCCGUCACGGACAUGAAGGAGUCGCUGCUGAUGAACCACGUGCUGAGCACGAGCCAGCUCGCCAGUGCUUACCAGUACAAGAAGCAAUAUGAGAAGAGUAAGGGUCACUACCAUGUGGUGCCAGAUAAUCUUGAACAGGUUCAUCUCAGGGAGGCCUCAGAACUCCAGAGCCACGUGAAAUACAGAGAAAAGUAUGAGAAGGAAAAAGGAAAGCCCAUGUUGGACUUUGAAACUCCCACAUACCUGACUGCAAAGGAGUCUCAGCUCAUGCAGAGCGAGAAAGAAUAUAGGAAGGACUUUGAAGAGUCCAUGAAGGGCAGGAACCUCACUGGUCUGGAGGUCACACCAUCCCUCUUACAUGUCAAAUACGCCACCAAAAUAGCGAGCGAGAAAGAAUACAGGAAGGAUCUGGAGGAAGGAGUCAAAGGGAAAGGACUGACAGCCUUGGAGGAGACUCCAGACAUGCUGAGAGCCAAGAAUGCCACCCAAAUCCUGAACGAGAAGGAGUACAAGAAAGCCUUGGAGCUGGAGAUCCGUGGGAAGGGCCUGACCGAGCUGGCGCUGGAGACGCCGGAUUUCGUCAGGGCCAAGAACGCCACCGACAUCGCCAGCCAGAUCAAAUACAAACAAUUGGCAGAAAUGGAGAAAGCCAACUACACCAGUGUUGUUGAUACUCCAGAGAUUAUUCAUGCCCAGCAGGUCAAGAACCUUUCCAGCCAGAAAAAAUACAAGGAAGAUGCAGAGAAGAACAUGCCCUACUACGUUCCUGUGGCUGACACACCAGAAAUGCAGAGAGUCCGAGAGAAUCAGAAGAACUUUAGCAUGCUUCAGUAUCAGUCAGACCUCCAGAGCAGUAAAGGAAAAGUCACAGUGGUGCAGGACACCCCAGAAAUCCUGAGGGUGAAGGAGAACCAGAAGAAUUUCAGCUCGAUUUUGUAUAAAGAAGAUAUUGGAACUGGAACCACAAUUGAAAAGACCCCAGAGAUGCAGAGAGUUAAACGAACCCAGGAUAAUAUCAGCUCGGUGAAGUACAAGGAGAGCAUUGGCAAAGGGACCCCCAUUCCCGACCUGCCGGAGGUGAAGCGCGUCAAGGAGACCCAGAAGCACAUCAGCUCGGUGUUGUACAAGGAGGAGCUGGGCACAGGCACCCCCACGCCCGUGACCCCAGAAAUGGAGCGAGCCAAACGCAACCAGGAGCAGAUUAGCUCGGUGUUGUACAAGGAGGGUUUAGGGGCUGGCACCGCCACGCCGGUGACGCCGGAGAUGGAGCGGGUCCGACGGAACCAGGAGAACAUCAGCUCGGUGUUGUACAAGGAGGGGCUGGGGGUUGGCACCCCAGUUCCUGUCACCCCUGAGAUGGAGAGGGUCAAACGCAACCAGGAGAAUUUUAGCUCGGUGUUGUACAAGGAGGAGCUGGGGACAGGAACCCCCACCCCCGUCACCCCCGAGAUUGAGAGGGUCAAACGCAAUCAAGAAAACUUUAGCUCGGUGUUGUACAAGGAGGAGCUGGGGACAGGAACCCCCACCCCUGUCACCCCCGAGAUUGAGAGGGUCAAACGCAACCAGGAACACAUUAGCUCGGUUCUGUACCGGGAGGAGCUGGGCACGGGCACUCCCAUCCCUCUCACUCCCGAGCUGGAGCGAGUCAAACGCAACCAGGAGCAGCUCAGCUCGGUGUUGUACAAAGAGAGCGUGGGGACAGGGACCCCCACUCCUGUCACCCCCGAGAUGGAGAGGGUCAAACGCAACCAGGAGAUUUGCAGCUCGGUGUUGUAUAAGGAAAACAUAGGGAAAGCCACCCCCACCCCCGUCACCCCCGAGAUGGAGAGAGUCAAACGCAAUCAAGAGAUCAUUAGCUCGGUUUUGUACAAGGAAAAUGUGGGGAAGGUGACCCCGACCCCCAUCACCCCCGAGAUGGAGAGAGUCAAACGCAAUCAAGAGAUCAUUAGCUCGGUGUUGUACAAAGAGAACGUGGGGCAGGCGACCCCCACGCCCGUCACUCCCGAGAUGGAGCGAGUCAAACGCAACCAGGAGCAGAUUAGCUCGGUUGCAUACAGGGAAGGUUUAGGGAAGGCCACUCCCAGCCCGGUCACUCCGGAGAUGGAGAGAGUCAAGCGGAACCAGGAACAAAUCAGCUCGGUGCUGUACAAGGAGCACAUGGCCAAGGGAACUCCGACGCCGCUGACCCCGGAGAUGGAGAGAGCCAAACGCAACCAGGAGAACAUCAGCUCGGUUCUUUACUCCGACAGUUUCCGCAAGCAAGUCCAAGGAAAAGCCGCCUACGUCCUGGACACCCCGGAGAUGCGGCGCGUGCGGGAGACCCAGAAACACAUCUCCACUGUGAAGUACCACGAGGACUUUGAGAAGAGCAAAGGGAGCUUCACGCCGGUGGUGACCGACCCCAUCACAGAGCGCGUGAAGAAGAACAUGCAGGACUUCAGUGACAUCAGCUACAGGGGCAUCCAGAGGAGGGUGGUGGAGAUGGAGCGGAAACGCGUGGACCAGGACCAGGAGAACAUCACAGGGCUCCGGGUGUGGAGAACCAACCCCGGCUCCGUCUUCGACUACGACCCCGCUGAGGACAACAUCCAGUCCCGGAGCCUGCACAUGAUCUCAGUCCAGGCCCAGCGCCGCAGCCGGGAGCACUCGCGCUCUGCCAGCGCCCUGAGCAUCAGCGGCGCGGCCGAUGAGAAAUCCGAGCCCUCGGACGGCACCGACCAGCGCCUGUCCUACUACAGCAACGGGGGCUUCUUCACCACCACAGCCUCAGUGGGCUACAAGCAGGUGAAGACCAUUGAGCUGCCACAGCAACGCUCAUCCUCAGUGGCCACCCAGCAGACCACGGUGUCCUCGGUGCCUUCCCACCCCUCCACUGCUGGGGUGAGUAACCUGCUGCUCCCCGGGGUGGGGACACAGCCCAUGGGGAACACUAAUUAACAGUUAAUUGGUGACAUUCCAGUCCCUGGGGGUGAAGCUCUGCAUGAAACCAGUGUGACAGGGACUUAAGUGGGACAGAGCCUCCCCUGUGCCUGGAAACUUGGAAUUAGCACCUGGAAACCUUGAAUGAGCUCUUCUUCCUACUCAACACGUGAAAAUUUAGGAGUGGGAAGAAGUGUUUUCAUUCCAAUUGCUGCCUUGGAGUAAAGGACAGUGGGAAUGGCAUCACCUCCAAAAACUGCUGGGAGGGAACAACUUCCAAGUUCCACUUGGAGCUGGUGGUGCCCAGGAGCACCCUGAGGCCACUGCUCAGGCUGUGGCACCAGCAGAGCCAGGGCUUGUGGCACUCGGGGGAGAAGAAUCCAGAGCCAGAUCUGAAGGAGCAGCCAGACCCUGCUGUGACCCCAAUUCCCAAGCCCUGGGGUUUGGCCACGUCCCCCCCAGCCCUGGCAGGAGACACU